GGUGCCGGGCGGGCGGCGCUGGCGGAAGCGCGGCGAGCUCCCGCCUCCCGCCGGGGUCGGGGGUCAGGCGUGUCCCGCCGCCUCCGGGCGCCCAUGGAGGGCUCGGGGGACGAGGAGCCGGGGCCCGACGGGCCGCUGCAGCAGCUGGUGAAGCGGCAGCGCAAGGAGAAGCGGGAGCUCCAGGCAAAAAUUCAAGGCAUGAAAAAUGCUGUUCCCAAGAAUGAUAAAAAGAGACGAAAACAGCUGGCUGAUGAAGUUGCCAAACUAGAGGCAGAACUUGAACAGAAGCAGAAGGAGGAAUUAAAGCAGCUGAAGGAAGCUUUACCUGAACAGAAUAAGACAGAUUCUGUAGCUGAUGGGGUUGCAAAUUUAGAGCUUGAAGGAGUAGAGCGACAGAUUCAGCAUCCUCGAAUAUCAAAAGCACAGAAGAGGCGGGAGAAAAAAGCUGCCUUGGAGAAAGAAAGAGAAGAAAGGAUAGCUGAAGCUGAGAUAGAAAAUUUAACAGGUGCUAGACAUCUUGAAAGUCAGAAACUUGCCUCCCUUUUGGCAGCAAGGCACUUAGAGAUUAAACAGAUCCCUUCAGAUGGCCAUUGCAUGUACAAAGCUAUUGAAGAUCAGCUCAAGGAUCGCCAGAAUUCCUGGACUGUUGCAACUCUGAGGAAUCAAACAGCGAAGUAUAUGCAAAGUCACUUUGAUGACUUCCUGCCCUUUCUUACAAACCCUAAUACUGGAGACAUGUAUAGCAAAGAGGAAUUUGAGAAAUACUGUGAUGAUAUAGCCAAUACAGCUGCGUGGGGUGGUCAGCUGGAACUAAGGGCUUUGUCACACAUUUUGCAAACACCUAUUGAAGUAGUGCAAAUGGACUCCCCUCCCAUUAUCGUUGGUGAAGAAUAUUCAGGCAAACCAAUAACACUUGUGUAUAUGAGGCAUGCCUAUGGAUUAGGAGAACAUUACAAUUCUGUAAAACUUGUAACAGAUACUGCUACAGAAAACAGCAGCUAGCAUACAAAAGUGAUACAUUCGCAUGGAUAACAGUUGCAUCAUGAUGUGUUGGGCUUCAGGCAAUUCCCAGACAGACUGGAAAGUAGAACUAAAUGGAAUGUAUUAACAAUGAGGGAAAAAAAAAAAGACAUGGAAGGUUUGACUAUAAAUCAGACAUAGCUCUUGAUUUAAAACAAACCCAAACCAAAUCCACAUCAUAAUAUUUUGAACUUGUUGGUAUUAAUUAUGUUUAGAAGAUCUUCUCUAAUAUGGUGGCUAUAUAGAUCAGAUUUUUUUUUUUAAUAAAGCUUCUUCCCAAGCUGCAGUGAAAAUACUGAGUAGUAAAUGUUUUGGUUAAUCUGCAUUUCUGCUGAACAAUUAAGGUUACUUGAAGGUUCUUAUUCCAUUAUUUCUGUUAGAUUUUGAUGAUAAAAGAAGAGUUAAGGCAUUUGAAAUGAUUGUAUUUUGGUUGAUGGAAUAUCCUCUACGCUGUUCCUUUAGUUCUAUCAGGAUCUACUUGUAAAGCUGUAGUAAGGAUCUCCUUCUUUAUUUGGACAUAGAAGACCUGGAGGCAAAUCCAGUAGUAAAAUACCUAACUUGGCUGAAGGAAUUGCACAGUUUUUUUUAAAGACUUUCAUGUGAGAUUUUUGCCAAGGAUUGAGUUAGGGGUUUUUUGCAGUUGACAGGAGGAACUGAACACCUGUGCAGCAAGAGCAUUGCUGUUUAUGACUGUACAUGUUAGCAUUGAUGCAAGUUAACUGCACUGUUCAUUCUUCAUAGUCUUUCAUUUGUGCAUUUCAAUGAUACAGGAAUCUUACAAAGAGCCCCUCAAUGUCCUCGUAAAACUCAUCUGAACUCAUCAUUUAUGGAUCUGCUGAUCUCAGCACUUUGUUAUCAAAAGUGUAAUGUUUUAUAAUGCUUAAAAAAGCUGGUUGCAUGCAUGUAGAAAUAACCACUUUGGGUUUUAUCAGUAAUUUUAAAGGUGAUCUGGAGAACAAUUAAGUUUAAUUGCUUCUUUGAUGCACAGAGACUUGAAAGGUGGGAAUUUUAGUGUGGCUUGACUUUUUACAUUAGAAACAUAAAUUGUUGUCUUUAAGUCACUAUAAAUGUGACUUCAAAAUUAGAAGCAUACUGAAACCAAAGUUGUAAUGCAAAUGUUUUUUUAACAAGUGAUUUUUAAAUUAUUUUUUGUUUAAAGCCUUAGUUAAUAACAUAAUUAUCUGUAUUUUACUGCUGCUGAGUCGGUUUGGACAAAAGUGGUUCAUAUCCAGAUUAGACACCUUUGCCCUGGUUUGAGGAUUAUGACCUAACAGUACACAUCUUGUAGUCCUACAGCUAGCUAGUAGAUUGACAUUCCUGGAACGUACAAAUUAGAAAGAAAAAUCUGCUCUUAUUUAAGAAGGAGAUAAGUGUUCACUUUAUGGGUCAGAUUAUGUCUGAUUUAAAGCACUUUGAGAGAGAGGGAGGGAAAAAAAUCAGAUAAUUAUAGCAGGGGGUUUUGGACAAGCAGUUCUUUAAACUGGUGCCUGCCAGGAAAACAAAGUAUUAACAAGACCAUAAGUUUUUACAUCCUUAUUUAUCUGUUACAGUAUAGCAAAUAUAGUUGGUUUAUAUAUCAAACCAGCUGGGUUACUAUAGAAUUUGGCUUACUACCUUGAUUGUAUAAAAUUAUGUUUUUAAUUUCAAACAAAAAAUAGGAUACAAUAGCUUGGAUAAAAUGUUUCUAUUCAUAAUACCAUUAUGAAUUUCACUAAAAAUAAUAAUCAAAAAUACUCUUCUCUGCAUUUUUUUGAAUUGAUGUGAUAUGAAAUGCACGUGCUGCAUUUUAUAGAUACUUGGUGAGAAAGGUUCUUUGCUUUAUUUGGGUCCCAGUUUUGUUUGAUUAACCGAGAGAGAAAAGAUGCUGGAAUCAGGGAGCACCUGUAACAACAGUUUGUCAUAUUGAGGAUGUUUACAGUUCGUAUAAAGUUAAAUAAUGUUCUAAUGUAGAGAGUGAAAGAUUCUUACUCAUGCUGUAUGGGACUUGCCAAAAAGUAAUAAAUUGGUUUAUUUGUGGCAAA